AUGUUGGGAAAACCCCAGAUAUGGGCAGCUUUGGCUGCGCUGCUUCUCUUCAUUUCUCGUCCAGUCACAUCUUUUAAAAGAGAUAUCUCUGCGUGGAAAACAACCGAAUGUGGCGUGCUCCUCAUUGCGCAAUUCGUGCUCUGCAUUCUUCAGGGGGUGAUUGGAUGCUACGUCCAUUUCUGGGACCUAGAUUUCGAGAAACUGCCGGGAUUCUACAAGGUCAACUUUGCCCGUGCACAGCUCUACGCCAUCACCCUGGCCGUCACGAAAAUGUCUAUCCUCUUCUUUUACCAGCGCAUCUUCGACGGUCCGAGAGUCAGGCGAGUCCUCUGGGCAACACAAAUCUUCAACAUCAGCCUGGCGGUCGCGUACUUCAUAGCUCAGUUUCUAGUGUCGCAGCCGCUGUACUGCGAGUGGACUUUUGAUCAGGGCGACGAGUGCACCUAUCACGACGCCUUCGACGGCUCGGGGGCCUAUUCAGCUCUUAAUGCGGCCCUGGAUCUUUGGAUGGUUCUUCUGGCUGCCUUUUUAAUUUGGAAACUGCAAAUGAAAGUGAAUCAGAGGCUGAGUGUAAUCGCCGUCUUUGCGACUGGUAUCUUGACAUUUUGCUCAGCGCUCUUCCGAUUUAUUAUUUGGCGUCUUUCAGAUGAAACUAAAGAGACCACCUUCCCUUCGCUCACCUGGGCCACAUACUACGGUGUCUACAUUGAACUCACAUGCUGCUUCAUAAUCGCCUGUCUCCCAGCCAUACGACAGCUGGUAGAUCAGAAGAUACUGCCUACGAUAAGAAACUACACAUCACAUGCCCGCACUGGAAUCAGAGGUAACAGAGCAGGUACUAAUACUGCGGCAUCGUCUAGUGUCUUGGAGCCGGAUGCCGGAAAAUGUGACGAUUGGAAUCCAGACAAGGGGCAGUCAAAGACAAGCAGACAGGUAUUAAUUCGGUGA